AGCAGUGUCCAAACAGUGAGUGUGUGUGCUCCAGUGUGUUUGUGUGUAUGUGUGUGUGACAAUAUCGACAAACUCUAGUUAAACCCCCCAAACGAGUGCACUUAAAAAAGUCGUCUUGCGAGCCAAGCCAGUAACAAUGACGACCUACAUAAAGAUAUUCAAUGAGCGCAUCUCGGGCCUGUCCAAGGGUGUGGAUGAGACUGUGGACAGUUGGUUCCUCAUGGGAUCUCCCGGUCCCGUGAUCAGCGUUGUGCUGCUCUAUCUGGUAUUUGUGCUCAAGAUCGGACCCGAGUAUAUGAAGAAUCGCAAGCCAAUGGAUCUGAAGCGGAUUAUGGUGUUCUAUAAUGCCUUCCAAGUGUGCUACUCCAUUUGGAUGUGUCGCACGUCCAUUCAGGAGAGCAAUGUAGUGGCCUCAAUUUUCUCGAAGAAGUGCGAAAUAAAUCGCACUCGCGAUCAGAAUCUCACUCUUUACUCGGGCGCCUGGUUCUACUUCUUCUCAAAGAUCAUCGAUCUGCUGGACACCACCUUCUUUGUGCUGCGCAAGAAGAACAACCAGGUAUCUUUCCUGCACGUCUACCACCACACCAUCACGGUGCUCUUCUCUUGGGGCUAUCUGAAGUACGCGCCUGGUGAGCAAGGCGUGAUCAUUGGCAUCCUGAACUCGGGCGUUCACAUCAUCAUGUACUUCUACUAUAUGGUCGCCGCCAUGGGGCCACAGUACCAGAAGUACCUGUGGUGGAAGAAGUACAUGACAUCCAUCCAGCUGAUCCAGUUUGUACUCAUCCUCGGCUACAUGCUCCUCGUAGCAGCCAAGGGCUGCAACAUGCCCAAAGCGCUGACCUUCUUCUUUGUCGGCAACACCAUCAUUUUCCUUUAUCUGUUCGGAAACUUCUACCGCAAGACCUACAACAAGGGCAAGAGCAUAGGUGCUAAUGGCGCGGUCCGCAAUGGCGGCAGCAACUUCGCCCAGUCGGCACUGCGUGCUGCCGGCGGCAUGGGCUGCACGCCAAGCCAGUUCGGACAGACCAAGCCCUACAUUGAUCUGAACAACAACAAUGUGAAACCCUUGAAGGCGGAAUGAGAACGAUCCCUUGAUGGGUUCGGCGGGAUAUUCUCUUUUAGGAUAGCAAUAAUGUUACGUUUGUUAGAGUGGCGGUGCCGCGGUGUCGUCCAUGGGGCUUUAGUCUAAUCAUACCUAUGUAUCUAUAUAUCUUAAUCUAAAUCUACAUCUAAAACUAUGCCUAUGAAAAGUUCUGUGACAAAAGGAAAACGUUGAAAAUGAAGAAGACAUCCAAAUACCUAGGAGAAUAAGUAAGCGAGCGAGCGAGUGUGUGUGUGUGUGUGUCUCUAUGUCUGUGUGCAUGAAUGUGCUGUUGUAUGAGUUGGUGUAUGCAUGUGUGUGUGUUUGUGUGAACGUGUGCAUCGGAACCUUACACACGUCUAACGAACUCAGCUCAAGUUUAACAUUGGUCAAGAUCAAAUCAAAUUUAAACAAGAAAUAAAACAUAAAUUUUAUAUUAAA